AUGUCCAACAUGCUAUCAGAACAAUUAAAAACUCAAUACAAGAGUAAAUCAGUCUAUUGGAGACAGGAAAAAGAAAAACUACUGCAAACUUUUCAGCCAAGGCAAAAUAACUCAUAAUCUUAAUAAAGAUCAAGAACUAGCGAAAGAAAAAGCAUUAUACGUAACUUAGUAGAUUCACUCUAUAAUCAAGGAACUCCUGAAAAGAACAAAUCAAUUUAUUAUCAAUUCUAGUCCCAAAUAACCUAAUAAAAGUAACAGUAAUAAUGUUAAAGUUCUGCCAAAAAAUAACAUACUGAUGAAUUGACUUUGUCUACUAUUAUCAAUAAAUAUUAAAGAUAAGUUGAAAAUUGUAAUUAAAAAUAAGUAGUAUACGAUCCAAUUGCUGAAUAAAUCAUAGAAUCAUUUUAAGAACUCAAAAAUAGGUCUGUCAAAAAGUCAGAAAUGCAAAAAUGCCAAUCCGAAUAGAAAAUUAUUGAAAAUAGUGCACACAAAUAGAAUAUAUUCAGUAGAAUUAAUCAAAUUAGAGAAUUUAUUGAUUAACAAUUGGGAACUAAUGCUGAUGAAUCUAAUAAAGAUAUUAAAUAUGAAAGUUAGUAUCAAUCAGAUGUUGAUUAAAGUUCAGGUAAUUUGAGAAACAAAUCAGUUGAAUUUAGGCAGUUCUUGGAUUAGAGAGUCAGUGUUGGAAGAGAUUCUACAAACAAUAGAUUGAAUCACAGAAUUAAUAGGCUUCGUUCUAUAAGAAGUUGUUAAACAUUGGAUGUUGGAAUUUAAGUUUCAUUGUAGGAUGAAAAUUUAAUGCAAUUAAAUUCCUAAAGAUAAAAAUAACAAUAAGAAAGUUAUUAAUAAUUUAAUGAUUAGAAUAAUUCAUAAUAAAAUUAUUAAUAAUAAAAAACAGAUAGAACCAACAAUUCAAGAAGAAAUAAUUAAGAAUAAUACGAGGUUUAAAAUACAUAAUAACAAACUUCCCCUUAAUAAUCACACAAUCCAUAUUAUUAGGUGGAAUAAUCAGUUACAUCAGAAUAUUAAUUACCCUUAUAAUAAAUGUUGCAACAACAAUAUUAAAAUGAGGAUUCAAUAUAAAAAUCUAAGAAUUCAGGAAGAAUGAGUAGAAGAAGUGAAUUCCUAUAAAAAGCUAGAUAUUCAACAAAUGUUAAUGAUGAGAAUAAGGAGAGAUUCUCUGUUAACAUCGAAGAAAUCAAGAAAGAAAGGUUUUCAGAAAAUGAAAGAUUCUCCGUAACCUCAAAUGAAAUUAAUGGUAAGGAUGGAAUCUUGGCCAAUUUAGAUUUUAACAAAGAAAGAUUUUCAGUAAGAUCAAACGAAUAAAAUGUUUAAAAUAAGGUUAGAAAUUCAAUUCAAUCCAAUUUUGAGGAAGAUUUUAAGGACAAGUUAAUAUUGAAAUUGAAUAAGGAGGAUGUGGCACUUCCAAUUUAACCCAGAUGUACAAAUAAGGAAAAUGUUGGAGAACCUUCUACAUAAAUAUCCAAGAUAAAUAAAAAUGACUAAGAGUAAAAAUUAGGAGAAAGGGCUGAGAAUAAGUUAAAUACUAUAGAAAUUCCAAAGAUUAUUCAAGCAUUAAAUUUUGAUAAUAUUGAGUUGAGUAAACCUUGUAAUGGAACUCAAAUUUCAGUAGAUACAAAUAGAUUCCAACUAGAAAUCUAGCAGAUUAUGGAAAAACAGAAUGAAACUUAAGAUGUCUAAUUGAAAUAAAAUGAGCUCAUAAAUAUUUAACAAGAUUUUGCUUUGACUACCAAUAGAUCUUAGUUGUCAGUUCCAAUUACAGAACCAACUUAUAUUCAAUUGAAUAAUUAGAUCAAUACAAAUUUUAUAAGGGUUGAAGAAGAGAUUGAAGCAGGCUAACCAGAUAUUAGGAUAAUUGAAAAUGCUACUGGAAUUACAGAAUGUAAUUUAUAAUAUUCAGAAGAUACAGCAAACUUAAGAAUUCCAACUUAGAUUAGUAAUAAUGAAGAAGUCAAAUUUAAACCAGAUUCUUAUGUAACCUGUGAUAUUUAAUUCUAAUAAAUUAAACAGGAUUAUCAAUAGUUAAAUUAAUUAUAAUCAACCUAAUCAAAUUAGAUGAAUUAAUCAUCAUUUGAGUAAUGGCUAUCAUAAACUGAUUAAAACAAGAGAAUAUUUAAUUUUAAUUGUUAAUCAUAAUAUUUUUAAAAAGAGAAGUGUGAUCAUAGUACAUAAAUUAACAAAAGUGAAUCUGAUUCAGAUGAAGAAAUUCAGUUCAUCAAGAAAAAAUAAUAGAAAUGUCAAUUUAAUUAAGGAGUUACAUUGUUAGUUAGAAAAAUCACAUCCAUUUUAAAAAUUAGACAGAUCAAAUCCUUUUAUGAAAUUAAAGAGUAUUCUUUACAUCAAUCUCAAUAAUAAUAACAAUAAUAGUUACAAUAAUUCAAAUCCUCUUUACACACUUAUCAAUCUCCAAUUGAGUCGCAAUACUCGUCUUAGUUUUAUUCAUAACAAUAAUCACUGACAUCUCUUCCCAUGCCUUCAGUGUAGACUUAGUUUGAUUUCGCUCCUUUAGUAACCAAAGAAUAGGCACCUUAAGCAACCAAAGAAUAGGCAGCUUAAGAGAAAAUAUCAAAUCUAUUGAAAACUAUAAUUGAAGAAACAGGCUCAGAUACAUUAAGAAUGUUGAAGAACAAAUCUAAUUUAUCUCCAGUUGCAAAGACUUCAGAAAAAAAAAGAUUAAAUAGCAGAAACAAUUCGAGAUUAAGGAUUUCCAAAAAAUGUUCAACAGCCUCAAUACUAACAUCAAUGUAAUCUCCAGUCUAAGAGAUAAAUGAUAGGAUAAAGGUCAAUUUUAUUUAAGAAAUGGGAUUGGAAUCACCAACCUAAAAACAUACUGAGCAUGCGGAAUUACAUGAUUGCAGUCCGAUAGCUGAGCCUAUGGAAUUUUAGGAUGUGUCAGUUUUGAUGAAAUAAAGGAGAGAAAUGAAGUAAAUUGCUGACUCCAAUAAUGGGAGCAACAUCAUAAAUAAUAGUUACAAUGAUUAGAGACAUUGCUAAAUUUUGUCUCAUCAUAUUGCAAUUCAAAAAGCAAAGAUUGCCAAAAAGUUUCAGCAAAUUCAUUAUAAAACAGCUGGGCAAUAGUAAUUUAGAAAAGAAAAUUAUUAAAUUUGA